AUGACCCAUUUGCAUACUGGACUCAGUCCAGAAAUCAUAGAGAAAGCCCGUCUGGAACUUAAUGAAAACCCAGAUGUUUUGCACCAGGAUAUUCAGCAAGUAAGGGACAUGAUCAUCACAAGACCUGACAUUGGAUUCUUGCGUACAGAUGAUGCCUUCAUCCUGAGAUUCCUCCGAGCCAGAAAGUUUCAUCAAACAGAUGCCUUCAGAUUAUUGGCUCAGUAUUUCCAGUACCGGCAGCUGAAUCUGGAUAUGUUUAAAAAUUUCAAGGCUGAUGAUCCAGGGAUCAAACGAGCUCUGAUUGAUGGAUUCCCAGGAGUGCUAGAAAACCGUGAUCACUAUGGCAGAAAGAUACUUUUGCUCUUUGCAGCCAGUUGGGAUCAGAGUAGAAAUUCCUUUGUAGAUAUUUUACGGGCUAUUCUCUUGUCCUUGGAAGUUCUUAUUGAAGAUCAAGAGCUUCAGAUAAAUGGCUUCAUUCUAAUUAUAGACUGGAGUAAUUUUUCCUUCAAGCAAGCCUCCAAAUUGACCCCUUCCAUCCUCAGACUGGCCAUUGAAGGGUUGCAGGACAGCUUUCCUGCUCGCUUUGGAGGCAUCCAUUUUGUGAACCAGCCAUGGUACAUCCAUGCUCUCUACACGCUAAUCAAACCCUUCCUCAAAGACAAGACACGGAAAAGGAUCUUUCUUCACGGAAACAAUCUUAAUAGUCUUCACCAGCUCAUACACCCUGAUUGCUUACCUUCAGAGUUUGGAGGAACUCUUCCUCCCUAUGACAUGGGCACAUGGGCUCGGACGUUACUUGGACCGGAUUACAGCGAUGAGAAUGAAUACACUCACACAUCGUACAACACCAUGCAUGUGAAGCAUUCAUGUUCCAACCUAGAGAGGGAAUGCUCUCCAAAACUCAUGAAAAGGUCUCAAUCUGUGGUGGAACCUGGAAUAUUAAAGCAUGAAGAACAGAAUGUGAAUGAGAACACCCAGCCACUACUAGCUCUUGAUUGA